AUGUUUUGUGAUAUGAUGAAUUCUGGUAGGCAGGUUUCUACUAUCAAAGGUCCCCGAUUACAUCUGUAUUUCACUAAAGAACUUUUUUUCGAUAAAGCAAAAGGCUUUCCCAAUUAUUGUUCUUCUGUAGCAAAUACGAGGCGUUUAUUAGAUUUUGUUUACGCCCCAAAUGAUUGGUCAUCUGUAAUCGAGAACACGUUAUUUGCAAUCCAUCAGGGCUAUAAUAUGUAUCACGAGACGACAUCUCUUUACGACAUACCUUUAAACCAUCUCGACUACCAGUAUAUCACGGAUUGCAAAAAAUUGAAGGAAUUAGAGAAAAUACUGAAGGUACUGAGAUCAGGCUCCGAAGGUCGAUAUCCAGAUUUGGAAAGACAUUGCGAAAAGAAAAUACAGUCCAUAGACCCAGAAAACAAAAAACAACAUAAUGAAAAGGAGUGGCUUAAUGAAACCAAACGUCAAGAGUGCUUAUCAAAUGCGUGCGGUUUAUAUGAUAUUAAUGAAGAUGAAGAGGACGAAACCCUUCCAAAAGUCAGGCUUUGGGGAUCAAUAAACCCCGAUACUGGAAAAGGCACUAGAGUGAAAUCUUUGAAAACAAAGUCUGGGAAACUGAGAUCCUACGAAGAAUGGGAUAAAAUAGGGAAGGAGAUCGAAAAGGAGCUGGAGAUGGACGAGCGGGAUGGAGAAAAGAGCAACGAAAUCGCAGCUGUUGGUGCUGAGAAGGGCGAGGAAAGGAAGAACAAUGACAAUGAAAAGGCAGUGAAAUCAGUUUACUUGAAACAGAAGAAGUGGAAGCUCUCGGUGGAGGAUUGCAAUCGUGUUUUGGAGAAGGAACCAGAGAAUAUUAAAGCUCUACUGCGAAGGGCACAAGCCUUUUACGAAUUGCAUAGUCUGGUGAAAGCACAGAAAGAUUUAGAACUUGUUCUCGUAUUGGAACCCAAAAACUCUCGAGCUACUACAAUUUUAGCAUUAUCAUCAAAUAUUCCAAAAAAAAAAACUGUUUCUAAUUACAAAGAAGUUGCAAUACAGCGGCUUAAAUCAGCUAAUAAGAAGGCUCAAGUUAUCUCAAUAUCAAAAGUUUACAAGAAUUCCAUGAUCCAAAGAUAA